AGAGCAGGCCAAGGAUCAAAAUAUUGUUUCAACCCACGAAAAGUUUUAAGCUCGUAGUAACGUAGUGUUCAGCUUAGCCAUUGUUUACAUCGUGUGGACGCACGUGUGGUGCAUCUUACUUUGGUCCCAGAUCUCCUGCUGUUGUGAUUGUGAACUGAAGUGGAGCAGAACUCGCCAAGCCUGCAAGGAAGAAAAAAUAGAAGAAAAAGAGGUUACUCUUGCAAGACAAGCCUGAAAUAAUGGAAGAACUUGAGGAAAAACAGUCCCAUCCAUUGUCAACCACCACUACAGCCGAUGAUGAAACAGAUGAAGUAAUCGGUAAAAGGAAGAAGUUGGACUCGGAGUUGGGCCCCGGUACAAUCGAGUCUGAAGAUGAAAUAGAGAACUUUUCAGACUCAGGACAUGACAGUGACGAUGAGGUAGCAUACAGGGUAAAGAUGCCUGAAGAAAGUGAUUUUUAUAAGGACUUUACCUUUGUGGAAUCUACCAAGGAUUAUUUAAAAGAUAGUUGGGAUGAAGUUCUCAAGUAUAUAAAGCCUAGAAAGACGGUCAAUGUCAGUGAAAGAGUCGCCAGGAUUCGUUUAGAAGAAAAGGAGAAAAAGAAGAAAAAGAGAGAGAAGAAGGGGUUAGGAGAAAAUGGUGAAGCAGAUAUGAAAUCAGAACCAAAUGACAGCGAUUUGACCGAGAGUGACUCAGACACAGAUUUAGAAGGUCUCUCUGAGGAAGAAUUUCUACCAGAUGUGAUGACACGAGAUGAACUAAAGCAAAAGGAGGCUGAGGUAAGACGGAAAGAGAAAAAGAAGGAUCGGCCAGCCAAAAUAAAAAAAUCAUUCAAAGAAAUUGCAGAAGAAGAAGCUGAUGCCAAUUUUUUUGAAGAUGCUCCAUUGUAUGAGUCUGAAGUUACUUUCCUGGAGAUGAAUUUUUCAAGAUCAAUUCUCAAAGCUAUUGACAGUUUAGGGUAUGAUACACCCACACCCAUUCAAGCGGCAACUAUCCCUGUAGCACUUCAAGGUCGUGACAUUUGUGGCUGUGCAGCAACUGGCACCGGCAAAACAGCUGCAUACAUGCUUCCUAUACUAGAAAGACUACUCUACAAGCCAAAAGAUGAUAUUGUAAUUAGAGUGUUGGUUUUGGUCCCGACACGAGAAUUAGGCAUCCAGGUAAGAGCUUUCAUGUUGGUCAUUAUUAUUGUUCUCUUCAUCUCAGUUAAUGGAUCUACUGUUUAAAUAUUUAUUGUCAAGACAAUUGUAGUCUCUUAGCUUACAACCAAACCUGAUGCAGUUGAGGUUGAAAUUCAGGUUUUGGAAAUCUUUGAUUUUAUAAUUUUAUUGCAAAAUCUGUUGAUAUAUUAUCAAUACUACAGGAAUACCCUGGUUAUUGCAAAAGAUGCGUUCCUAAAUAUCAAAUAUAUUUUCCAAGUUCAUAGCCAGAAUUGGCAGCAAGUGGAUGUUGUUUACUCCUGAUAAUUUCCAUGUCCAUAAGAAUUAGCUUUAUGUUUGCUGUCUUGUUUUGUUUUGUUAGGUUUUCUACCCUCAACACAUCAAUAAAAUAUGCUGUUCCAUUAACCCUUUGACCGCGCCGUCCGAUUUCAAGGUUGUUCCCGGAAAGUGUCAUUAAGUCACCAAAAAAUGAAAGUGCUGUUUUGAGCUUUUUUAUUGCUUUUCUAUAAUGAAAGAAACUUGGUCUUUCCAUAUAUGGCAUUUAUAUUCCUUAGAAAUGUUGUUAUCUAGUGGAAAAUCAUGUUUUUACGGAAAAAGGUAAA